GAUCGGCAUUUGGUUUUGUGUACACAAAGCCAGCACAAAGGGCCAAGGUGCAUGUCGAUAAUGUUUAGCUGGGUAUUUCCAUUUGUAACAUUAAUUAAAUUCUGUUGAUUGAUCCUUGCUCUUCACUGCCAAAAGAUAAGAUUACCACGAAUAAAAUUAUCCCCGAGAAGAUAUGAAAAAGGGUUUGGACAAUAAUUAAGUCAUGAUGGAAGAGGUCAGAAGCUGGCAUGUACCUUGUCAUGAAUAUCCACUAUCUGAUGAAGAGAAAACAGAAAAGAAAGAGACAUCAGAGCAGCCUGACCCCAUAAAUGAGGAAGAGCCAUCUGACCCAAUUACUGAAGAAGAGCAGUCUGACCCAAUUAAUGAGGAAGAAGAAAAAGAACAGGAGAAGGAUGAACCCACAGCUAACUCGACCAAUUUAACUGAAAAUGAUGAUGAAAGCACAGAAAAUGUGACUGCCGAGGACAAUCAAACUGAGAAUCCGGACACACAGAACAGUACUAAUGUAAAUAAAAAGCAUUUCGAAUGUCACAUGUGUGGGAAAAUCUUGACUCGUGCGGAACAUUUAAAGAGACACAUAUGGACGCAUACAGGCGAAAAACCUUAUAAGUGUGAUCUGUGCGAGAGAGCGUUUUGCGCCAAGUCUGACUUAGAUAGACAUAUAAGGACACACACUGGUGAAAAACCUUUUAAGUGCGACAUUUGUGGAAAAGCAUUCAAUGUAAAGGCAUCCCUUAAUUACCAUAUGAGGAUCCACACGGGGGAAAAUCUGUAUAAUUGUGAUUUAUGCGACAAGGCCUUUGGGAAGAAAACUUCCCUGCAGAAACACAUGAAGACGCAUUUAGACAAACCUUUGGUAUGUGAAGUUUGUCAGAAGGAAUACAGUGAAAAAGUAGAUUUAGAUAAACAACCGUUACCAUACAAAGGUACCUAUCCUAAAAACUGUGUCAUGUGUGGAAAGACGUCAAAUAAACUUGUCCUCUUACCAGGCCUCAUGGGGUUGGAGGAUAAAAGAUUUGAAUGUGAUGUGUGCGGAAAGAUUUUCACUCACUCUGGAGUCUUAAAGAUACAUAUUAGGACACACACGGGGGACAAGCCUUAUAAAUGUGAUGUGUGCGACAAGGCGUUCAACCAGUCGGGAAAUCUACAGAUUCACAUGCGGAAACAUUCCGGCGACAGGCCGUAUAAAUGUGAUUUGUGUGAGAAGGCGUUCAACCAGAGAGGAAACUUGCAGAUCCAUAUGCGGACACACACGGGAGAUAAACCGUAUAAAUGUGAAGUGUGCGGAAAGGCUUUCACUGGGGCAGGCACCUUACAGAGACACAUGAGAAGGCAUACAGGUGACAAACCUUACAAAUGUGAAGUGUGUGGAAAAGCAUUCACAGUGUCAGGUUCUCUAAAGAGUCAUAUGAGGACACACACAGGGGAUAAACCCUAUAAAUGUGAUGUGUGUGGGAGGGCAUUCACGGUGUUAAGUACCUUACAAAAACACGUGGUGACACAUACGGACGAAAAGCCUUUUAACUGUGGCGAGUGCGGAAAAACAUUUAAAAUGAAAGCGUACUUAAAGGACCACAUGAGGACGCAUAGAGGUGAAAAAUAUAAAAAAUACAGAAAGCCAUCUAAACGAGAGAAAUUAAAAGAUGCAGGAAUAUCUAAACAGGCAAAAGUAUGAGAGAAAUAUAAACACGCAGUUAUUUCAUUCAAGGACAUGUGCUUCAAAGGACUUUGUAUGCCCUACUCUGCCCAUUACUGUAAAUCACUUUUUUUUACACAAGAACUUUGUUUUUGUGUAAUAUAGCAUAAUUUAUGUGAGAUUUUAUGCUCUUGAAUAUUUCAUUCUCAUGUAUAAUGAAAUUCCUUAAGAUUAUAUAGAGCAAUGACCACAAUUCGUGAAAAUUUUGUCUCCCUAAUAAAGAGUCAAUGACUAUCUUGCGAAAAUAAGGUGUCGCUAAAAUCAAGUGAUCUCCUGUAUAUAAACGGAACAUACAAUGUCUAUUUCUGACAGACUAUCUACUGUUUUCAUGGUUAUUUCAUUAUAGCUAUAUUCUGUAUUUUUUGUUGACAUUUAUUAUUCAAAAGCUUUGCAUCCUCCAAGAGGCACACACAUUUCUGAUACAGAUACAGAGUGGAAACUGUGGAAACAAAAGUAACAAAAAUAUAUAAAGGAAGAUUUGAAAUCCACCUUAAGAUUUGCAUUCUUUUCUAUAACUUUUUAAGGUUUCCUUACCCCCUUUUGAUAAUUGGUGUUGUGGCCUUGUGUUAAUGUCUUUCAUCUUAUAAUUCUUAAGAAAAUAAAUACUAGUAACUAAUAGGACUUUUACUCAGAUUUAUAUAUUUCUGUAGAUUGUCUGUGACAAACCAAAUAUUUAUUAGCCUCCUUUUCAUACACAGGUAUCUUGAAGAUACUAGUAUUUGGGAUUGUCUGUAUGAAGAUUUUUGUGCGAGUUUUAUUUAUGUUGUACAUGUAAUAAGAAGUAAUAUUGUAUGGAGUGUGUUGAGAAUACAAAAUUUUAUUUUAGUGGUGAAAGGAAUCAGUAAGCAUGGUAAAGGGUAAAACUAGUGAUUAGUGAUAUUGUUAUUUGUCGGUGGUUUAUGCUUGUUGUGUAUUCACAUGCUGUCAUUUGUGUUUACUGUUCUAUACCCUUUGAUGUACUGUAUUUAAUUGGAUUUUUAAAUAAUAAAAUAUGUAUAAAAAGUUA